UCAUUUUUUUUUGUUAGUGUCUAGAAGGGUCUAAGCUCUGCAAAUGUGAAUGGUGUAUCGGUCACGUAAUUUAAAAAGGCCAUGAUUGACGUGUAAACUAUCCUGUAUUCGACUUCUCCGUGUCAUUCAAAGUCGGAUGCGGUAGUCAAACAAGCAAACAAAAAGAAACAUGGACCGACUUCUGCGACUUGGGGGCGGUAUGCCUGGACUUGGGCAGGGCCCACCAACUGAUGCCCCUGCAGUGGAUACUGCAGAACAGGUGUACAUCUCUUCCCUUGCUUUGCUAAAGAUGCUGAAACAUGGCAGGGCUGGAGUUCCAAUGGAAGUCAUGGGUUUGAUGCUGGGUGAAUUUGUUGAUGAUUACACUGUGCGAGUGAUUGAUGUCUUUGCCAUGCCUCAGUCAGGAACUGGUGUCAGUGUAGAAGCCGUUGACCCGGUGUUUCAAGCCAAAAUGUUAGACACACUGAAGCAGACAGGAAGGCCUGAGAUGGUCGUUGGUUGGUACCACAGUCACCCUGGCUUUGGCUGCUGGCUAUCAGGAGUUGAUAUCAACACUCAGCAGAGCUUUGAAGCCCUGUCAGAGCGUGCUGUUGCUGUAGUGGUGGACCCAAUUCAGAGUGUUAAAGGAAAGGUUGUUAUUGAUGCCUUCAGACUGAUCAAUGCCAAUAUGAUGGUUUUGGGACACGAGCCAAGACAAACAACGUCAAAUCUAGGUCAUUUAAACAAGCCAUCCAUCCAGGCUUUAAUUCAUGGAUUGAAUAGACAUUAUUAUUCGAUUACUAUCAAUUACAGGAAAAACGAACUGGAACAAAAGAUGCUGCUGAACUUGCACAAGAAGAGUUGGAUGGAAGGUCUGACCCUGCAGGACUACAGUGAACACUGUAAGCAUAAUGAAAGCAUCGUGAAGGAGAUGCUGGAGCUGGCCAAGAACUACAAUAAGGCUGUGGAAGAAGAGGAUAAGAUGACACCUGAGCAGCUGGCAAUAAAAAAUGUUGGAAAACAGGAUCCAAAACGCCAUUUAGAAGAGCACGUUGACGUUCUGAUGACCUCCAAUAUUGUGCAGUGCUUGGCAGCCAUGUUGGACACUGUUGUAUUUCAGUAGAAAAUCCUUUGUCUAAACACAUAUGAGCACCAUUUGAAGCGCCUCAUUUUUUUUUAACAUAUAUAUUCUGUUUGUAAGCUGGGGCUACUAAAUAUUAAUUUAUCUCAAACUAGACGUCUGGCACCCUCUCUGCACUGGUGCAGUUUUGUAACAUAAUGCAGUGUAUAGUACACAUAAAAUAUAUUUAUGAUGAUAUCCCGGUUUUGGCAAGUUUGGAUUCAGAUGCUUCAUCAUUUAUCAGUUCAGAAGAAAAUCCAUGUCAAUUACUAUGUUUUCACUGAAGUGUCUGUAAAGAUCAAGAUUUAUUUGUACUCAUUUAAUGUUUUCUAAAUAAAUUUUUUUUAAAAAUGGCA